CUACAAAAGCCGUUGAACACGAUUAAUCCCGAAAGCUUUCCGUGCGCACCUGUCACUUGAGGUGAGUUCACCAGUACGCCACGCGCAGCUCAGCUUCUGGACAAGCCGAUGAUUCAGAUGACUGUACACCUCCAGCCAAGCAUCAUCGCGGAGUUAGUACACUUACUUACAACGAAGCGGAGCAUCUUCUGUUCAGAUCUGUGACUCGGUGCUGCUGAGUAACUACAAGUCUGGUCUUGAUAUUUUCAGCGACAGCAUCUACACUAGCCGAUCCUCAACGAGACACAGUAGAGGAGUUCUUGGCUCCGCGCGCUGUUCGCGUUCAUUGACAAGAAAAUCGGACUCAGUUUGAGAGCACAACAGUGGAAGACCUUGAUAUUGUCACUUUUUUGGUAUCUUUAGACACAUCAUUUAUUUCCAGUCAGUAGUCACGGACAAGCGUGAGAACGUGCCAGUUUACGGUACUCACUUGUUUCAAGGCUAAUAUUUUGAAACAUCAUAAAUAUGAAGGCGAAAGAUAGGGACCAAAGCUUGUCAGAUUCCAGAGAACUAGAUGGUUCCUAUGAUCCGCUCACAGGUAACGCUCCCUCCAGCCAAACCAAAAAAACCAUAAAACAGAGAUUCCUCAAACUGCUGCCCUGCUGUCGGCCUACCGCCGCCCCCUCAAUCGCAGAAAACAGCAUUGAGGAUGACUUUGAGCUGUCCACCGUGUGCCACCGACCCGAGGGCCUGGACAAACUGCAGGAGCAGUCCAAGUUCACUAAAAAGGAGCUUCAAGUGCUUUACAGAGGCUUCAAAAAUGAGUGCCCCAGUGGUGUGGUCAAUGAAGAAACCUUUAAACUCAUCUACUCCCAGUUCUUUCCCCAGGGAGAUUCAAGUACAUACGCACACUUCCUGUUUGAAGCAUUUGACACAAAUAAGAAUGGAUCAGUUAGUUUUGAGGACUUUGUCGCUGGCCUUAACAUUAUCCUCAGAGGGUCGAUCAACGACCGACUAAACUGGGCCUUCAACCUCUAUGAUCUCAAUAAGGACGGCUGUAUCACCAAAGAGGAGAUGCUGGACAUUAUGAAAUCAAUCUAUGACAUGAUGGGAAAUUACACCUACCCCUGCAUGCAGGAUGACGCCCCGAGGGAACACGUGGAGAACUUCUUUCAGAAAAUGGACCGAAAUAAAGAUGGUGUGGUCACUAUCGAUGAGUUCAUUGAGUCAUGUCAAAAGGAUGAGAACAUCAUGCAGUCCAUGCAGCUUUUUGAAAAUGUCAUCUAAGAGGACCCCACGGAUGGAGGCGACUUUGUGGCCUUGCUGUCUGGACUCCAUGUUGGCCCAAGGACCCUCACAGUUGGCCUCCUUAUACUCCAAUGUCAUUCCUUUCUUUCCUCAGACACUUGAAAAAAAAAAAGUGGGGUUGGCUUAUAGACACACACAUUUGUUAUUUUUAAUAUUCCUUCAUUAUGUUCCGAGGAAGCUCUUGUGUUGGCUCAUUCGAAUGACAGUCGCUGUCUGAGGGAGGGGAGAUGGGAGCGUGAACAACACAGGAAGAUGCGGGCGCAUGGAACCACCAGAAAAUGACUGGAAACGUGUCGACAGGGCAUCGUGGUGACGACGGCAACCCUCCCCCUCCCUCCAAUAAUGAACUGAUUUUAUUACCGCAUGAUGUCAUGACUAGUCCACACUUACCUAUUUACCAAGAUACUCCAAAGCCUGUCUGUUGCUCUAUGUCUGUCCACACAGGUGCCUCGCUCCCCGUUAGCGUCUGCUGUCGUCGUUGUGUGUGUAAGGUUGUGUAAGGCUCUACUGCCAUCACUCAGAAACCCAGGCUACCUGACCACCCCUCACUCACUCACCACAAGUAAACAUAGGCUAACCAGGCUAACAGGCUAACCAGUCCGCAACGGCUAGCAGGGCUUGUACAUUCCAGAGGAGUCCUCCUCAGUAGAGAAAAAGAAAAUCCUGUUUGGGCCUUGAAGUCUUUAGCUAUUGCCAUAUACUGACUGUUUCUCUGUGCCGUCACAGAUGACUCCCAGUAAUAAACUCAACACAUGGCUAAUUGCAUUGUGGACGAAUGACUCACCAUUGCCAAUCAACCUUCUUAGCCAAUUGUAUCGUACCUAUGGAAGUGAACAUGUGAAAGUAUAGUGUUCUCACUCGACCGUGUAAUAGUCAACUGUACCACACAGUAGAUGAUGUCAUGGACACUGAGACUGGUGGGAACUGGUUUGAAAUGCUGUGAGAGAAUGGCUUCCUUCCCUCUGGCUGAGGCCUGUGUUGAAGGUUAGUAUGUUGCUACACAUUGUCAAAAAGAACAGCCAUCUUUUCGCCAAGCUUAUCGUCCCAUCAAACACCAAAGAGAAUUGCUCUAGUCAGUUUCCCAUCCCUUCCCUAACAUGCUGCCAUCACUGUCACAAUAUAUUCGGUGAUGGAAUUAAGACCUGGCAGGGGAAAAUAAAAGAUGUCAGAUAAGCAGGAGGAAAGCUGGAUCAAUUGAUUGCUUUUCCCACUCAGCAGCACAAGGGGAAGGUACUAGGCACUAUUUCUCUUUCCAGUUGAGGAGAGCUUACUACUGACACCUGACAGACUGAGCAUAAAGAUAACCACUGUUGUAAGCAACUUAUUUUACAAAGACUACCAUAGAAGUACACCUCCAAGGGGGCGGGGGGGGGAGGGGUUGCUGUAGUAGUUAUUGUUUCUACAUUCUAUGGUACAUUACUUUUAAAGAAUUCAGGUUUCAAAUGAAGGUUAGAUGGAACAUCACCACUAACAAACUUGGGCCAUCCAAUGAAUCUGUUAUGGUUUAUGAGUGUAACGUAUGUGUUUCUUCAUAGUAUUUAUUUCCCAACCAGUUAAAAGGGACGGGUAGAAGAUAGAUGGCCUAGUUUAACACAAGCAAUAAUGUCCCUUCAUCAACUGCGACCUGAAGUAUUUACGGUGUUAUCCACUGCGAAGAGAUCUCCAAGAACCGAUGGUUAGUUGAGGGGACUGAGACGGAGUGUGUAAUGUCUAUCCCUAUUAUUGAGUAUUCAUUUGUGGUCAACAGGAUGCAAAGCUUUGGAGACGCACAUACUCUGGAUCGUCGUGGUUGUGUUCGUGUCCCAAGCCUUCCAAUAUCUCCUCUGUGUAAUUCUUGACCCCUAAACCUAUGAAGUGAUUAUUGGCACCCGGGUUUAACGUUUGUAUGAUUCUCUUGCAAGUGUCGUGAGGCUGCCGCCUGGCUUCGCUGUGUAGAGGCUCACUGUAACUGAUUUGAUAUCUUUUGGCACGGUCCAAUAAUUUUUUUUUAACACGUGGAUAAUUGAAAAGAAUUCCCGAUGUAUUAUGUAUAACCACUCGACUCAAUGCCAAACACAUACACAUAUAGACACACUUGCAAUGAAGGUCACCACGAAUACGUCAAAGAAAAAACACAUUAAUACUGCAGUGCCUUGAGUGCUGUGUUGAAAUGAUUUGGUCACACCCUCUUCAGUGUUAAAUUAACUUUCUACUCCUUUCAAAUAUUUUAUUCUCGAUGUGGCAUGGAUGGAUAUCGAUAUUUGGUCCUGAUUGCUGGUAGCAGAACUCCACUCCUACCCACCAGUGGUCCCAGUCCGUACUCGCAUGUACUGUCUAGAGUAAUGAAACUUAAUAACCUGGUGUACUAACUGUGUCUAGUUAGCUGGCCUCAACUGGUUGCAUUACAUUAAAACAUGUAUAUUUUGUAUAGACAAUAAAAAUUCACACUUGCUAUGCAUAGCUAUGUUA